AUGAACGAACAUAUAGAAGGAAAAGAGAAUAAAGAACGAACAGACACCGGAGGCCAGUACUGUGCCGGCCCAAUAGUAGCGAGGGGAGCGAACCACCGACGCGAGAAAAAGCGCUGCCCCAAUCAGCUACGCCUCGCUUACUGCGAGACGGACGUUCGCCUCGCCCCAACAAUCGAGGAGCACAACAACAUUCGGAAAAGAAGGAUUGAUCCUGACUCUGAAAUCACAUGGGAGGAAUACAAGUCCAUGAAAUUUACAUCUCAUGUCAUACAUGAAGCAUUAAGGCUGGCUAACAUUGCUCCCUUAAUGUUUAGAAAAGCAACAGAGGAAGUUCAUAUUAAAGGUUACACUCUUCCAAAAGGAUCAAAGAUCAUGGUUAAUCCUUCUAGCAUUUAUCUGGAUCCUACGGUUUACAAGGAUCCUAGUGUGUUCAAUCCCUGGAGGUGGAAGGAUACUACUGAACCAGCUGGUGGCUCCUCAAAGGAGUUCAUGGCCUUUGGAGGCGGGCUACGAUUAUGUGUUGGUGUCGACUUUGCUAAGCUACAAAUGGCCAUAUUCCUGCAUUGCUUAGUUACCAAAUAUAGGUGA